AUGAACAGCCCACACACAGUGCCCCAUACCAUCAACCAGAAUGGAAGAGGACCUUUCAGACCUCCUCGACACCCACCAGGACCGACCGACCGAAGUCAGACAUCGAGACCAGGUCAAGAUCAUCACCACUCCCUAGACCGAAACGCAGACACUGCGAACAGCACGCGUGACAGUCGAAGCGGGAGGCAUCGAGGACAUGUAGUCAUCAGCAAGGGUGGAGAUUCUGUGGCUCUUUUAAAGAGUUUAGAAAGGGGACGUCUACUCUAA